UCAUGUUUUGUGACAAAAUUUUUUAAAUGUUUGUUUGACAUCUUCCAUGAUUUUCUUUUUAAUAUUUUACAUCUAAUAGCCUGAAGUAUAUUUUCCUAACUUGUUUAAUGUAAUCUCGAGCAUGUUGCUCACUAACGUAACAACAAUCAAAGACUUUUUCCUUCUUGGAUUUCCUGGCCUGUUGCCAGAGUAUUAUGGACCUGUGUCAGCAUUUCUCUUUUUGAUUUACUUGGCUAUAUCUGUUGGGAAUAUUUUCAUCCUAGUGAUUGUCAUUUGUGAAAAGUCUCUUCGAAAACCCACAUAUCUCAUUUUUUGUCACUUGGCAUUAACUGAUUUAUUAUUUGGCACAGUGACUCUUCCAAAAGUUAUAUCAAAGUACUGGUCUGACAACAGCAUUGUUUCAUUCUAUGCUUGUUUUACACAAAUGUACUUCGUUACAUUUUUAGGUGGAACACAUUCUUUUAUUCUAAUGGUGAUGGCUCUUGAUCGUUUUAUAGCUAUUUGUUCUCCACUGCGUUACACAUCACUUUUCACAAAUACUACAGUUAAUGGGCUUUGUGGGAUUUCGUGGAUCAUGCCAAUUUCAUGGAUGAUUGGUAUAGUUAUUGAUACAAUGAAACUACCGUUUUGUAACUCCAACAUCAUUGUUCAGUGUUACUGUGACCAUAUUUCAAUAUUAAGGCUCGGAUGUGAGAAUGCACAAGCUUCUGCAAUUGUACCAUUCGGAAUUGCUAUGUUUUCUUUGCUGGUCCCUCUCGGAUUCAUCAUUAUAUCAUAUAUUUUUAUCAUGAUUGUUGUUUUGAAAAGGUCUUCCUCCACGGGUCGCCUUAAGACUCUGUCUACCUGUACACCACAGCUCAUCAUCACUUGUCUUCACUACUUUCCAAGAUGCUUCGUGUACAUGGCAUAUAUUGUGGGAUUCACAUUCAAUAUUUCACUUAAUAUAAUCAUUGUAAUGAUGUACACUCAUAUACCUGCUGCUGUCAACCCACUCAUUUACUGUUUCAAAACUCAAGACAUCAAAGAAAUCUUAAAAAAGAAAUGGUCAAGAGGAAAAAUUAAUUUUACUUCAAAAAUAACUUAAAUACCACAUCUAUUCUGGAU